UGCGCUCGCUCGUGUGCGCUCGCCACCGCCGCGCCGCGCCUUUGAGUCAGCAAAGUCCACAGCCUGUCCUGCUCCGGCCGGCCCGAGGCGCCUCCUAUCUAUCCUCUGCUGAAGAUGUUUCCAGAACAACAGAAAGAGGAGUUCGUAAGUGUCUGGGUCCGAGAUCCUAGGAUUCAGAAGGAGGACUUUUGGCAUUCUUAUAUUGACUAUGAGAUAUGUAUUCACACGAAUAGUAUGUGUUUUACAAUGAAAACUUCCUGUGUACGAAGAAGAUACAGAGAAUUUGUGUGGCUGAGGCAAAGACUCCAAAGUAAUGCAUUGCUGGUGCAAGUGCCGGAAUUGCCAUCGAAAAACCUGUUUUUCAAUAUGAACAAUCGCCAGCACGUUGAUCAGCGUCGUCAGGGUUUGGAAGAUUUCCUCAGAAAAGUCCUGCAGAAUGCACUCCUGCUCUCAGACAGCAGCCUGCACCUCUUCCUGCAGAGUCACCUGAACUCCGAGGACAUCGAGGCAUGUGUCUCGGGGCAGACCAAGUACUCAGUAGAAGAAGCAAUUCACAAGUUUGCCUUGAUGAAUAGACGCUUCCCAGAAGAAGACGAAGAAGGGAAAAAAGAAAAUGAUAUAGAUUAUGAUUCAGAAAGUUCAUCCUCUGGGCUUGGACACAGCAGUGAUGACAGCAGUUCACAAGGAUGUAAAAUAAGUACAGCGCCACAGGAAUCCUGAAAAAGCAUUCGAAUGGCACUUCCUUAGGAAUAGCAAAUUGUGUCCGGUCCAUAGAGAAGAGAGCUUGCUAGUAAUAAAUCCUUACCUAAAGCUCACUGUUACCAUACUAGGUAUUUAAAUUCUUAAAGAUAGUGAGUGGGUCGUUUAGUAGUGGUAUGUAUUUUUAUGUUGUCUAAUUUUAGCCAAGCUUCUGUAUAAAGCAAAUGAAAAAAAAAAUCUGUGAAUGCCAUACUGUCCUUUAUGUCCAAUGUUACUGGUAAACAAGAUUUUGCCCUCCAGGGAACUGAUUUGUAUGAUGUUGAAGAAAAAAAACUUAGUUGAUUUUAUUGAACCUUAAAAGAGAUGUAAGAUAGCAUUUAAAACCCAGAUAGAGCCAGGGGCAAUUCUUGUGAAUGCAGCAGCGUAUGUGACAUUGGCCACAGUCUAGAGCAACCUGCCCCUCAGACACGUGGCUUUUCCUCUGUAGCUACCUCCCCUGCACUGGCAAAAACAUUUUGCUUUUUUGUUUCACUGAACUAUUUAACAGUACUCAAUAACCUUUCCAGUAUUCUAUUUCACACUUAGAUGGAAAUGUGUCUUAUGAUUAGAGAAAUAUUAAAAUAAUGUUUACAUCUUAGGAAAAAAGGCAGAAAUAGUGCUAGUAAUUUCAUUUAGUCUUGCAAUAUGUAGGCUCAGAAGUAGAUUUUCAUUGUCUAAAAUCAACUUGCUAUGGUUUCUGACAACAAAUCAUGUGUUUGCAUUAUCAUUGGGUAAUUAGAAUUAUAAUAAUGACUUAUUUUCUGACCAAAUGUGUAUAAUUUUUUUUAAAUCACUCAACACCUUUUAUCAACACUGGUGGCUAUUUCUGUUUGUGUUUUUAAAUCAUAAGGACCUUAAAAAUUAACAUGUUUAAUGUUACCAAUAAGUAUUCCCCAAAUUUUGGAAAGGAUGUCAACUUGCUACUUUCAGAAUUAAUGCUGCACUUUUUGGAGCCCCUUAAUUGUAGGUGUCUACCUGGAGAUGGUUAUAAUUUCAACAAAAUGCCUUUUUUUAGUGGUCCAAGUAUAAGAUGUUUUAGAUAAACAACUUUGAACUAAAUUGCAGAAGUUUUGUUUGAAUGGUACAGAAGAAUACUCUGUGAAAAGAACAGGAAGAUACUUCCAUAUAACUUGGCUAACUUGUUGCUUUGGUUAAAUGUUUCCCCGUCUCACUAGAGUAUAGCAAAGGCUGC